GAGGCCCGAGAAACUAGAGUGGGGAAGUGGGCUCGUCUCCAAAAGCAGAGGAGGGCGGCAGUGCAACAGCGACGGUGAGAGCUGCGCUUAAAUCUCAGCGUAGAAGAAGAAGGAAAACCGGCGACGCUGAACUCCAAAGACGAAGAAGACUGUUUGUUAUGAACUUCACAGUAGCUAGUAGCUCGAUGGUUUUAUGACAUGUACUCCAACAAGUUUGGCCGCCUCAUGUUAGGGCUGCACUGCCUUAAAACAACCGCUGUUUGCGGCCUGGUCCAGAGGGCCGCAGGUCGAAGCGGGUUCAGCUGGACUGCGGUGUGUAAACAGCGGACACUGUGGCUGCAGAGGAGCGCCUGUCGGGAGAUAGAGCGACGCGCUGUGCUCCGUCAUAACGGCGUUCGGUCAGCCUCUCACAGCACUGUGGACCCUGAUGAACUGAGGAAGUUCCAGUCGUUGGCCAACAAGUGGUGGGAUGAACAGGGAGAAUUUGCAGCUCUUCACGCCAUGAACGACCUGAGGGUGCCUUUUAUACGGGAUAACCUGCUGAAUGUGCACAGAGCACGCCAUCCCGGGAAGCCACUCGCAGGACUGAAGAUCCUGGAUGUCGGCUGUGGAGGAGGCCUGCUCACAGAGCCCCUGGGUCGUCUGGGAGCUAAAGUUUUGGGUAUAGAUCCAGUGGAAAACAGCAUUGGCACCGCCCAGCUGCAUUCGUCCUUUGACCCGGACCUAUGUGAGCGGGUGUCCUACCAGGUGUGCACCCUGGAAGAGCUCUCAGGAGGAGAGGAUGAAGGAGCGGGACACUUUGACGCUGUGGUGGCGUCUGAGGUUGUGGAACAUCUGGCUGACCUGGAAACGUUCGCCUUCUGCUGCAGCCAAGUGCUAAAGCCAGGUGGCUCACUCUUCAUCACGACUAUAAAUAAAACCAACCUGUCCUACGUGUUGGGCAUUGUUGUAGCGGAGCAGCUGCUGCGCAUCGUGCCCAACGGGACCCACGACUGGGAGAAGUUUGUCAGCCCGGUAGACCUGGAGUGCCUCCUGGAGUCUCAUGGUUUCUCGGUGCAGUCUGUCAAAGGAAUGCUGUACAACCCCCUGUCGGGAGCCUGGAGCUGGACCGACAGCACUGCCAUCAACUACGCCCUCCACGCUGUCAAAGUGAGAAAACAGGCUGAGGACAGCAGCCUCCACCCAGAGGACCACACCAUAGAAACUCGCAGCUGAGCCACGCCACUUGAGAAGAAAUCCAAAAAUGAGAAAUAAUAACUCAGACGCGAGCGGCCCUGACAUCCUGUUGGCCAGCUGUGACGCAGCACAUGAGACUGAGUUUAUUCAAGGAAAGGGACAAACUGCCUGCAGAUAGAAUUAGAGAUGUGCUGCAUUUGGCAGAUCUAUUGAUGCUGCGCUGUGCUGCGUGAGUGCUGAAUACAUGCCUAGUGUUUGAUAAGCUGUGUAAAGCAACGGUGCAUCCUUUAAUUGUGUAAUCAUUUUCAGCAUAUGCUGUUCUGCGUCAGUGUGGUGUUUGAGGCUGAAUAGUUAAAGGUUUGCAACAUCCUCCAUUAAAACUGACCUCACAUCA